CAAGCACAAGUCCACAAAACACAAACGCGUCGACAAACACUAAAUUUCUUGUAACCGUAUUUAAAAGUAGUUAUUGUUCGCGAAGAUCCCAUUCUGCGAUUUGGGUACUUUUGUGGUACACUCGCCAAGCUCACGCAAAUAUUUGACUAAUCGCAAGGCUGAUUUACAACUGUUUACAAAGACAGGCAGGUUGGCAAUCUUUCACUAAAGAGGAUGGCUUCUCGCGGGAAAUCAGAAACUGGAAAACUGAGGCAAAACAUGGAAGAGCAGCUCGACAGACUGAUGCAGCAACUUCAGGAUCUGGAAGAAUGCAGAGAAGAACUGGAUGAGGAAGAGUAUGAGGAGACAAAGAAGGAAACCUUGGAGCAGCUGAGUGAAUUCAAUGACUCCUUGAAGAAGAUCAUGACAGGAGACAUGACACUUGUUGAUGAACUCAGUGGAAUGCAACUGGCAAUCCAAGCUGCCAUCAGCCAAGCAUUCAAAACCCCAGAGGUGAUCCGACUUUUUGCUAAGAAGCAGCCAGGACAGCUGAGAACCAGACUAGCAGAGAUGGACCGAGAUGUCAUUGUGGGGAAGCUGUCACGGGACGUGUACACACAGCAGAAAAUGGAAAUCCUCACAGCCCUGAGAAAACUGGGAGAGAAGCUUACUGCAGAGGAUGAGGCUUUUCUCACUGAAAAUGCUACAGCUACCCUGAGCCAGUUUGAAAAAGUGACUGCAAACCCAGGGUCAGAAGAUAAAAUUAUGGCUUUGGCUAGCUCUGGUGUGAAAACCAAAGCAUAGUAAUUCUACAAUGCAUUCAUUUUAACUCUUAAUCUUGGUUAUUACCGAGAAACAAAUGUGCCAAUUGAUUUUGUAAAUAAUCAGUGCACUUCUAGGUGUUGCUGUGGAUGCUAACAUUUUUUAACAGUAUUGUUUUAUACCCCUCAACUUUUGUAAAUGUCUUUUAUUUGUCCAGAUAAGUGUAAAAUUGUAUUAUAGGUACGACCAUAUGAUUUGUUAAAUAUAAAGACGUGUACAUGAAUGUAGAGGGCAGAUCAUGAGAAAUAAUCUGUUGUGUUUUGUGCUGUAUUUCUUUGUGGGUUGCCAUGUCUGUGUGUUGGUCUUAAAACCUGAAAAUUUGUGGUAUUUUUAAGAUGUUGAUUUCCUGUGUGACUGCUGCAGAUAUUCAAGAUAUAAUGUUAUUUUAACUAAAUUGUGCUGUGUACAGGGCGUUGGACAAAAUAACAGAAGUACCACAUGAGACAGAACUUACUGAAAUGACAUUAAAUGCAGAUUGCAUGUAGUACAACUUGAUAGUAUUCAGCAGUGUGUCAGAGUCCCAGAGUGAUAAACUCAAAGCGUAGCAGAGUAGUUAGCAAGCACAACCACAGUCUGUCUCUCCAAAAUAUUGAUAUUAUAAGCCUCUUAAAUUAGAUUGAAAACUGAAAACAAAAUUUCCAAAAUGUAGUAUUGGUGCAAAUUUUGUAUUAAGACAGAUAGAAAAUAAGUUUCCUGACCAGUCUUGACUGCAACGUGAUGGAUUUGUUGCCAUCUGUUAAACAUUGUGGAGCUUCUUUUGAGGGUUUCAGCAACAGCCAUCUCAUUAGAGUCAUUCAGUUUGAUGAAACAGAGCUUGUGGUCAUUUAACGGGCGAGGAACAUGAGGUCACUUUACAGCUCCAGAUGCAGACUGGGUUACAAAAAUAAAAUAAAAACCCUUCCUCCAUCUCUUCAAUCAUCAGUUAUAAACCUGACUGAGCUGUUUGAAAGGACGCUCUGCAAGGAAGAGCAAUAAGUAGAUUUUCACUUUAUCUCUGAAGUAAGGAGGAAAUUGGAAAUAAAAGAAUGUGUCAUUGCACACACUUGUUUACAAACUACACUGCACAUUGUCAGGUGUACCUGGUAUCUUGUCCACUCUCAUUGUUCAUCGAGCAUUUCAAACUGUGUUUCAAUCAUCAACCACUGUGGUUUAAAAUGUGCAACUCUUAAGUGCAGUAUUGCAUUAAAUUUCAUCUUUCAAGUUUGACUGGUUGAAACUAGAGCAUAACAAUGUCACAAUGUUUACAACAUCAGUCUUGAGCUUUGAAGCCAUUUUACUUUGAAUGUUAGUAAAAACAAAAAAAUCAAUA